CUACAAGUCAUUUGAGACGAGAAGCUCAACGUCUAACUGAACCAAGAUGGCCGCUAAGUGGGACGCGAGAAACAAAAAUGUACUAAUAACUGGCGCUGCUUCAGGCCUAGGUGCCGCUUAUGCUGAAGCUUUAUUAAAAGAAGGCGCAAAGAAUAUUGCUGUCUUGGAUAUUGAUGAACAGACCGGACAGAAUUUCGUCUCAAAAUUAAACAAGACGUACAACAAUCAAGCUAUUUUUGUAAAAUGUGAUGUUAGCAAAGAAGGAGACAUAGAUAGGAGUUUUAAUACCGUUCUUAAUAAAUUUCAAAGGAUAGACGUUUUGAUAAACAACGCAGGUAUCAUGAGUGAUACUGACACUAUGUGGAGAUUAGCUUGCGAUGUUAACUGGCAAGGAUUAGUGUCAUUUACGAUGAGGGCUGUUAAGCACAUGAGGAAAGACGAAGGUGGUGUUGGAGGUACCAUUGUGAACAUAUCGUCUACCGCAGGAAUAAGUAAAUUUAGCUUUUUACCAAUUUACUGCGGAAGUAAAGGAGCAGUGUUGCAUUUCAGCCAAAGUCUAGCGAGUGCACCUUUCUACGACAACACAGGUAUCCGAGUGCUAACUCUAUGCCCGGGGCCCACGGCUACUAAGCUGAUGGAAGGUCUUGACAAUAGGAUCGUUGAAACCACUAAUAUGGACCAGCUGCAAUUUUUGAACGGCGUUCCAGUACAAAGUGUUGAGUCUGCUGUGGCUGCCAUGAUGAAAUUACUGAAGGACGGCGACAACGGAUCAAUCUGGCUGUCUUGUAACGACAAGCCAGUACUGGAAUUAACGCCACAGAUUAACAAAUAUUUGAAUGAACUGGAAAAGUUAACGUUACCUUAAUUUUUUUUAUAUUUUUUUUUAUUAUUUUAAUGUAAUAUACCUUAUGUUAUAUCGAUGAUAUAUGUGUAUUAAUGUUACAAAAUAAACAUUGGUUAUAUUCAACUUUA